AGACCAAAGUACUCGGAGCCGAAGGCGGAAGUGGUCGCGGCGCGAGCUAGGGGAGAAUGGCGGCGGGGGCGGCGGUGGCGGCGGGGGUGGCUGCCGGGGGAGGCCGGUGCCCCGAGGUGCCGUCCGCCUCCUUCCUCACGGCGCUACUGUCGCUGCUCGUGUCCGCGCCCCGACUCCUGCUGCCGCCCCCGCCGCCGCCGCCCGGGGAGCCCGAGGUGCCGCUGCCCCCUUCGGGCCUAGCCCUGCGGCCUGCGGCCUUGAGGCGAGACUGGGAAGUUUACAGGCUGAUAACCUACAUUUUGGUCUAUGAGCAUCCCCUCUCCUUGCUCUCUGGCCUCGUCAUCAUCUGGCGCUUUGCUGGCAGCUUUGAGAAGAGUGUGGGUACUGUGCGCCACAGUUUCUUCACCUUGGUCUUCGCUUUCUUUUCUGCUCUUCUCUUCGUCCUGCUGGAAACCCUCUGGGCUCUGGCUGGCUUUGGAGGAGUAGAAGACCCCAGGGGUUUCACUCCAGUGGCUUUUGCCAUGUUGGGUGUCAGCUCCAUCCGCACUAGAAUGAGAAGAACUUUAUUCUUUGGGGUCCCUGUCUCUGCCUCGGUGAUACCUUGGCUCCUGCUGUUUGCCUCCUGGUUUAUUCCCCAAACCUCUUUCCUCAGCAACAUCUGUGGACUCUUCAUUGGCUUUAUCUAUGGUCUUGGUUACUGUUCAUGCCUUGAUCUCUCGGAGUCAGUUGCACUGAAACUAGAUCAGAAGUUCCCCUUCAGUCUGUUGAGGCGGGCCACGGUGCUCAACUAUGUUUCAGGAUCUUCAGUUGAAAGAAGAGCUAUCCAGACCAGGAAGAUUAAUCCAGUCCCAGGAUCCUACCCUACACAGACUUAUCACUCUUACCCCAUGCCGACCCUCCAGGUCAUUCAGAUGCAGCAGCAUGACAACACCCAGAGAGUGGGACCCUGGCCAAACAAUGAACCUAGGAGCCCACCUGCCCCACCUCCCUACCACCCGGCUUCUGGCCAGUUUUAUGUACAGAGCCCCUUCGGCAUUGCUCCUGUCUCCUCUAACUUCUACCCCGCUGUCUCCUGCCCUUCCCAGGGGAGCUGCCCGCCACAGCCUCCAGUCCGCCAAGGGCCAGGGCAGCCGACCCUGGGCGACAGCGCAGCCUCAGCGCCCGCGGAGGGGUCAAGGGUCCAGAUGCAAUGACGGACUCUCAAGGAGAGCGGCCUCGACUCACCACAUCUGAGUCCUUGCCCAUUCCACAAGGAGACUUCAUGGGUGAAGCCACCACAGCGACCUGUCCCUUCUGGACUCAAACUCCUGUGUGGCCACUGGCUGCUCCUCGUUAGCUUUUCUCUUUGAUGUUUUGCGUAAUAGCCCUUGUGUGUGUUUGUGUGUACCUUUGCCCUUAUCUCUCAGACCAUCACACCAUGUUCUCCCAACCUUUUAUGGCCUAGAGCUAAUGAGCUGGGUCAACAUAAAUUUUAUAGUAAAGCAUGAUCCCUGGGAGUUUGGACCAAUGUACUGUGUUAAUUAUUUUUUAUUAAAAACAUGAAGCUCCAA